AUGGAGUAUCCCGAGAGGCCGCCGCCUGCGUGGAGCAUGGACAUUCACGGUGUCCAGACGCAUGAGCACCAUGCUAGCAGCGAGCUGUUGCUCCCGGCAGCCACCGGGCACGAGAUGAAUGCCGACUCCCCCGAUGCGGUGGAGGGAGGAGACGGUGACCUCAGCGCUCCCAUCGUGUAUUCCUCUUUAUUGCUGGGAAUGAUGACCGUUUUCAAGAACGGGAACGGCGACGGCAAAGCUAGGCAGCCUUCAACACGGGAGAACUCUGCCCCGAAGAACAUCGAAGAAGCUCGAGUUUUGUGGGACGAGCGGGACAAAAGGCUGCUGGAAACAAUUGCCAGGUCGGUGGGGGUGGCUGCUGUCCUCGACCAAAAGCAGAGGUGGGCGGCUGUGAUGCAAGUCGAGCCGCUGAGGAAGGUUGUGGCGGAGUCUCUCCACCAGGUAAAGAAUCCCAUGACGGCGUUGAGGACGUUCGGCAAGUUGCUGCUCAGAAGGCUACCCCAGGACGACACGCUUAAUCGAGAGCUGGCGAAGGACAUUAUUCUGCAGUCUGACCGCCUCGUGGACAUACUUCUGCCAGUAGACGCGGUGCUCGGCCUGCUAGCCACGGCCGUCGAGCGAGAGCGAGAGGUGCAGAUGUCAGGCAUGGUGGACCCACAUGCGGCCCAGAGGGAGGAUUUCGCAGCCACCUCCGCUGCCGCCGCAGCAGCAGCAGCAGCAGCUGCAUCUUCCGCUGUGGAUAGCACCGUCGACGGGGUGCAGGACGCUCUGCUGUCGCCACCAUCGCCGACCGGGAUGGAGGAAACAAUGGCAUACGAGAUGAUGCCGUUCGGGCUUCUCUCCGUGGAAGACGUCAUCCAGCCGGUUACCAGGGCGGCGCAAGCGGCCGCCAAGGAAAGGUGCGGCGGAAUAUCAAAAGGCAGCUAGAAGCAACCGAAACAGCGAUGUGGUGGUGGUGGUGAUGGUACCUUUCGUAGAGGUGCUAGGGAGCCAGCCCUAGGAGCGCAAGCAAGGUUGUCCGGCCUACAUCAUACCAGGUGCCAAUUUCGGAUUAGGACACCCUUGCGUAAAAUCUUACCAGGGCCCUGUCCCACGUUCAACUCGGGUGUCCUUCCCGUUGGCGAGGUAUCGGGUGUGGGAAGUUUGUCCGUACCCUCCGUGUAUUACGUCGCAUGAUUGCACGUAUGUACGUGUGCUACUGAUGGCGCGGUAUGCGCCCCUGCCAUUAAUUGUGCGCGUCACGCUGCACAACGUUGUCGUGUUCGCCGCGCGCUCGUGGCUGCGGUGACACAUCGGGUGUGACUUUGUUAUUGUACAGUUAGCGCCCGCACUUAAACAAGUUGGCAGUUAACCACUUAAUGCUCACUAGUUAGGGGUGUCAAAGCGGCGGAAUUUGGGGCCAAAAAAACGUCCGGUCCAUUCGGCAAAAUUUGAGGGGGGCACGCGGAUUGGGGUCUUGUUUUGGUUCUUGAGAAUCCCGCUGUUGAUACUGAAUAAACUAUACAUCAUGUCAAUUUGUUUGUGCAGGCAGCUCUGCGUCCAGACAGCAGCGUUGCUCUUCCUGCGUUACACACACCUGGACACAGGUCCAAUAGAGGUGACUGUAGGGUAGGUUUUCUCUUAAUGUUAAAGGGCGGAUGAACAACACCAAAAAAUAUGUUUUUUUGGGCUCUUUGCUCCACGCCCAAGGCGACCUUUGCUCCUCUCGUGGAAGUGACCCUACAACUCUCUACCUUGGGCUUACAGCUUUACCACACAACAAACCGCAUCCGAAUCGCAUCAGCCAACCACGAGAUCUACAUGUCUGAAAACGGCCCCUCCAGNGGUAGGUUUUCUCUUAAUGUUAAAGGGCGGAUGAACAACACCAAAAAAUAUGUUUUUUUGGGCUCUUUGCUCCACGCCCAAGGCGACCUUUGCUCCUCUCGUGGAAGUGACCCUACAACUCUCUACCUUGGGCUUACAGCUUUACCACACAACAAACCGCAUCCGAAUCGCAUCAGCCAACCACGAGAUCUACAUGUCUGAAAACGGCCCCUCCAGUGGGGCUGCAGCGCCCACACCAGCAGACCCUCCCAAAAAAAAAAAUCGAGGUCCGCGCCGUUCGGCAGCAGGAGGCGCGCUGCGCGAAAGCUGAAUCAAAACAAAACGAAGUUUGAAGAGAGGACGGGGCAGUGUAUGGUUGCCGCGUCGGCAGAAGAUAGCACGCGGUGCGCUAUCAAACGCGGCAGCCUCGCCGUCGUAGAGAGAACGCCGGAGGAAACGAAGGAGGAGUUGGUCAAAAGUAAGAAAAUUGUGGAAGAGAGCCAGGCUCAACCUCGCUGCCGCCGCCGCCGCCGCUGCUGCUGCUGCUGCUGUUUUUUUCAGCAGCAGCAGCGGCGGCGGCAGGUGUCUGCGUGGCUUCACCGCCCGGCUGCUGCUCGGGUGUGUCAUGAGGCAUGUGUUCUAGAGUGGGACCGCGCAAAAGUGUUGUGCUGUGCCCCAUAGCAGGGCGCAAAGCACACAGGCGAGCUGCGCCCUCGCGCGUGUGCGUCAGAGGGUCUUUUCGGGAGGUUCCGACGGUUCCGUGCAAUUUCAUUCGUUGGUCGAUUU